AACCAUUUUUACCCCUAGGGGGUUUCACAAUUCGCAUUGCUUUCAGGACUCGCCUCUUUCUUCGUACAAAUGCAUAGGGAUUCGAGCAGACGUUUAUAAAAUCUCAGCUCUUUAUUUCAGCCUCUCUACUCGUGAAAGAAUUUCAAUCUGAUCAGACUUUUGAAGCUUCAAUCCAAUGACAACCUGAGCGGUUAUAUUAUAUCCCUACUUGGCCAUGGACUCACCGUCCUAUCGGCGGUGCAGGAGGAACGCCGGUCCUGGGAAGUGGCGGUGCAGCGAAAUGGCGUUGCCUUCAAAACCGUUAUGCGAGAAGCACCAUUUGCAGAGAAAUAGACAGGCACAGAAAAGAGUUCGUGGAAAUAGGGAUGAAGGCAGCGACCGUGAAUCCCGCAAGUUAAAGAUCAGUGGCACUAUGAGAGGUGAAUUCAGCGGAUCCGAGAAGAACAAGAAGAAGAAGAGGGGGGAGGAGGAAUUGAGCGGUGGAUCGGAAGAAGAGGACGGGCUUGUCUUGACUGAGAUGUUGGCGAGAGAGCGCAAAAAGGAUGAGAUAACGAAGCUUGAUAUCAAGGGGAGUAAGGUUGGUUCUGGAAAUUCAGCGAAGCAGAUAGUGGAUUCCGGCGAAGGAAAAAUCUAUUCUCGUGAAAAACACAGCUCUUCUGGUAAGACGGUCAGGAAUGCCUCCGCACGAGAGAAAAUGUCCUUCGAGAAGGGCAAGUCGAAUAAAAGUAAAGAAUUUGUAAGUUUAAUGUGUCAUCAAUGCCAAAGGAACGAUAAAAGCGGCGUUGUGUUUUGUUCCAGUUGUGGAAGGAAGCGUUAUUGUUACGAGUGUAUUGAAAAAUGGUAUCCUGAGAAAACAAGGGAUGAAAUUGAGGCUGUAUGUCCGUACUGCUGUGGAAAUUGCAAUUGUAAAGCUUGUUUGCGUGAAGUUUUGGUUGUCAAGGAUAUCCACAAGGAUAUAGACGCUUGUGUCAAACUAGAGCUGCUAAAAUACUUGCUGUAUAAAGCUCUACCGGUUCUUAGGCAUAUAUACAGGGAGCAGAGCUCCGAAAUAGAUAUUGAAGCAAACAUAAAAGGAUCUCAAUUGACAGAAAUUGAUAUAACAAGGUCUAAGUUGGAUAAAAGCGAACGUUUAUAUUGUGACAACUGCAAUACAUCAAUUGUUAAUUUUCACAGAAGCUGCCCCAGUUGUUCUUAUGAUCUAUGCCCAACCUGUUGUCAAGAGCUAAGAGAAGGCUGCCAACCUGAUGCUAAUGAAGCAGAAACAUCCUGCCGACAGUUUGUUGAAAGAGCUGAUUUUCAAACUAUAAAAAAGGAUGAAAAAGGUAAUGUACCAAGGAGAAGACAUGGAUGGGAGAGCCAAGCGGAUUCACUCAGAAAUGGUAAAGCUGUUAUGUCUUCUCAGUUUCCUGAUUGGAGAGCUAAUGCUGAUGGUAGCAUUCCAUGCCCUCGAAGUGACAAAGAGGGUUGUGGUGCUUCAACUCUUGAGUUGAGGCGUAUUUUUAAAGCUAAUUGGGUAACUAAGCUGAUAAGUAAUGCCGAGGACAUUACCAUUCAAUACAAGCCGCCUGAGGUUGAUUUCCAUAGAGAAUGUUAUUCAUGCCAGCCAAAUGUUUCAGAUGGAAACAGCAACGACAGUUCUAACGUGAGGCAUGCAGCUAACCGGGAAGAAUCUUGUGAUAAUGAUUUAUUCUGCCCAGAUGCUCCUGAUAUAUCAGAUGGUGAAAUUGAGCAUUUUCAGAGGCACUGGAUGAGGGGUGAACCUGUAAUUGUCCGUAAUGUUCUUGGGCAAACAUCUGGUCUUAGCUGGGAACCCAUGGUCAUGUGGAGAGCUUUUAGAGAAACAGGUUCCAAUGUAAAAUUCAAAGAAGAGACUCGAAGCGUAAAGGCCAUUGAUUGCUUAGACUGGUGUGAGGUUGAAAUUAAUAUUCACCAAUUUUUCAAGGGCUACUUAGAGGGUCGUAUGCAUGGAACUCACUGGCCAGAAAUGUUAAAAUUGAAGGAUUGGCCUUCAUCAACCUUAUUUGAAGAACGUUUGCCCAGGCAUAAUGCUGAAUUCAUUGCUGCGCUCCCUUUCAGUGAUUACACUGAUCCAAAAUCUGGCUUUUUAAACCUUGCUACACGGCUUCCAGAGGGAUCGUUGAAGCCAGAUAUGGGACCCAAAACAUAUAUUGCAUACGGAUUCUCUGAAGAACUUGGUAGAGGCGAUUCAGUGACAAAGCUGCAUUGUGAUAUAUCUGAUGCGGUAAAUGUAUUGACACACACUACUAAGGUGAAAAUUGGUUCUUGGCAACGUGAAAAGAUAGAACGCUUAAAGAAAAGACAUGCUGCUCAAGAUUUGCAGCAGCUCUACGGUGGUGUAGAUGAGGCUAAGGUUGGGAUGGAAAAAAAACUAUUGAAGAGAACUCAAGGGGACAAGAUCAUUGUUACUGACUGCACAAAGAAUGGAAGCAUGGAGCAUGACCACUUGUCAGUGGAAGAGAAACCCAUAAAGGUAAGGAGUCUGGAUAAAGAACAAUCAAAUACUAAUCCGCCAUUUUCAAAUUCCAGGGAUAUAAUUGUAGGAUUGGAUGAAUCAGAUAGUGGAAUGAGGUAUUCUGUUUGUUCUGAAAAUUGGAAAAAUAAUAGUAUUGAGGAAGAGUUUAUUCAAGUAAACGAUUCAAAUCCUAUCAUUGUUGAUUUUAACGAAAAUGGUGAGACAAGGUCAUUAGGUUGUAAUAAUAACCCUGGAAAAUGCUCCUUCCUGGAAAAUGCUGACAGAAAAAUAACCUCAAAUAAGCAGAAAGUUGAAGCGAACAAAUGCUCUUCUUCUAGCAGUGUAGCUGAAAGGGAUUAUCUGCUCGUUGGUAUUUUGGAUAAAAAAUCAAGCCUGUUGAAUUAUAAUGUGAAGGUGCAGGCAGAGUCCUCUCGAGAAAAUAACGAAAAAGUGAGAACUGCUCAAAAAAUGCAAGAACUUGAAAUGAAGGAGAGCUCUUCGUCAAGCAGCACGGUAGUUAAGGAUAAUUUGGAAAUCAGAACAAUCGAUCAUAGUUUAAGAGUGGAGAAAGAGGCUAGAAAUAUUUCAGAAAAGGAUCAAAUAGAUGAAAAUGUCUACUCUUCAGGGUUAAAUGCAUCCACAGCAGAAAACCCAAUCGUGAACUUGAACAAGAAAAGCAUAAACGACUCUGAAGGAGGAAAUGAUUUAUCUAAUGGUGCGGUUGCUUCUGAAAGGGAAUCCUUUGUUGGAAAUUUGACAAUCCCUUCUGAUUAUGCCAUUUUUGAUGUCAAUGCAGUGGUAGCUGAGGGAGAAGGUUUAGCUGAUUUGAGUGCAUCCUACUUCAAAAAGAUUAAACGUUCGAACGACAAGGCAGUAAGGGAACUUAGUAACCAGAAAUACAUUUCAGGGACUUCUUACUCGUGUGACAGUGCAGGUAGUGGUCCCAAAUCAAAAGAACCAGACCAAAAACCUGUCAAGGAUAGAGGAAACAAGGAUAAGCCACAACUGGUGAACGGGGGUGCUGUUUGGGAUAUCUUUCGCAAGCAGGAUGUUCCUAAAAUCAUUGAGUACUUGGAAAAGCACAAGAAGGAAUUUCGCCAUAUUGAGAAUCUUCCAGUUACUUCAGUCAUUCACCCCAUUCAUGAUCAGACCCUUUUCUUAAACGAGAGGCAUAAGAAACAACUGAAAGAGGAGUUCGAUGUUGAACCAUGGACAUUUGUGCAAUACCUUGGUGAGGCUGUUUUCAUUCCUGCUGGAUGUCCUCAUCAAGUGAGAAAUAGACAAUCUUGUAUUAAGGUGGCUCUAGAUUUUGUUUCUCCCGACAACGCUGAAGAAUGUCUUCGGUUAACUACAGAGUUCCGUAAGCUUCCAAAGGACCAUAGAGCCAAGGAAGACAAGUUAGAGGUAAAAAAGAUGGUGCUGUACGCUGUUAGUUCUGCCGUGAAGGAGGCCCAAAGCUUGAUGCCUAAUCAGGAGUAAGAUAUAUUCGGCACUUCUCAAGGAUGUUAACUCUGUUGACGACAAAUUUGGGGUUCCAUUGCUAAGUGCUCCCAGAAGAAAUGUGUUGCAUAUAGGAAGAUGGUUCUGAAUCAGACUAUUCAUGGUUUGUAGAGAUAAUAAUUAUACUUUGGUUGCAAUCCUUGCUACUGUUCUAAAUUUGGACAAAGACGUUAAAAAAA